GUAUUGCCCCUCUAUGGUGCAAUCGUGGGGUCGAGGGGGAGGGGUUGAGUCCCUGUUGACAUCAUACCUGGAGAUGCCGCGGAGAUGCUUCGCCAGCGUCGGGUCGAUCCUCGUCCAACCACCAACCUACUUUUUAGCCCAACCCCAUUGUUCACAACCUGGCCAGUGAGCAUCGCAGUUCUUACCCCGUCGCGGAGAGUUAUCGGUAAUCUUAUCCAGACCGAUCGGCUGCUUCCGACCAGAUUUAUCCAUCGCCAACCAUUUACAUACCUCUUGUUCGGUCAACACCUGUUGUCCAAAAAAGCAUCCCCGAGUGAUCGGCCCGAUGCACAGUUCAUGCGGUGUAACUCCGCGGAUCGACUCUGCGUCAAUUAUUGAUCCAUGCUGCAACUAUGCGACCUAUAAAGGUUGCUCAGACCUCCUUGUUCAUGCCACAGGCUUCAACUAAGACCAGAGCUGCUCCAAUAUGUGGUUGAAAUCUCUCACAGUUGCCAACACUCUCACGGGCGCUGCCCUGGCGUCUCCAGCUUUUCUUCAAAGAAGACAGUCGGAUCUGGGUGCUUUUAUCGAGAAAGAGAGCAUCCUGGCUCAGCAGGGAAUCCUCAACAAUAUCGGCGCUGAGGGAGCCCUUGUGCAGGGUGCCUCUGCGGGCAUCGUCGUGGCUUCGCCGUCCAAAACGAAUCCAGAUUAUUUCUACACGUGGACGCGAGACGCCGGCCUGACAAUGCUGGCAGAGAUCGAACAACUUGCAGCAGGCACAGCUAACGCUUCCCUGGAAAGCCUCAUCCAAGAGUACGUCGACUCUCAGGUGAAGCAGCAGGUGGUCGCCAAUCCAUCAGGCACCCUGUCUAACGGCUCCGGGCUGGGUGAGCCUAAGUUCCAGGUGAACAUCACCGCAUUUACCGGCUCCUGGGGACGUCCGCAGCGUGACGGGCCGGCCUUGCGUGCUUCCGCUCUGAUCGCAUACGGCAACUAUCUCAUCGCCCAUGGCAAGACCUCGCUCGCGAAGACGAACCUCUGGCCCCUGAUUCAGAACGACCUGUCCUAUGUCGGACAGUACUGGAACCAGAGCACCUAUGACCUGUGGGAAGAGGUGAACGGGUCGUCCUUCUUCACUACCGCUAUGCAGCAUAAAUCCCUAGUCGAGGGUGCCGCUUUCGCCGCAGCUGUGGGCGAGACCUGCCCCGGAUGCUCCGUGGCACCUCAGAUCCUCUGCCACCUGCAGGAGUACUGGAAUGGCUCUGCCAUUAUCUCCAACUCCCCCACAAACGACCGCAGCGGCAUCGACGCCAACUCCGUCAUCGCCUCCAUUCACAUCUUCGACCCGGCUGCGACAUGCGACGAUGUCACCUUCCAGCCAUGCUCCGCGCGCGCCCUAUCCAACCACAAGGUCUACGUGGACUCCUUUCGGUCCAUAUACACCGUGAAUCAGGGCCGCAGCAACGGCCAGGCUGUAGCAGUAGGGCGGUACCCAGAGGAUGUCUACCAGGGAGGUAACCCAUGGUACCUCGCCACCCUCGCCGCAGCCGAGCAGCUCUAUGACGCCCUCCACCAAUGGGACAAGCAGGGCAGCAUCAACAUCACCCAACUGUCGAUCCCUUUCUUCUCGGACCUGGUCAGCAACGCCACCAUCGGCACCCACGCCAAGUCCUCCGCCACGUACACGGCGAUCACCCAAGCCGUAAAGACAUACGCCGACGGGUUUGUGUCCGUCGUGCAGGAAUACACCCCCAGCGACGGGGGUCUCGCUGAGCAGUUCGGCCGGAGCACGGGGGACCCCGUGUCGGCGAUCGACCUGACCUGGUCCUACGCGGCCUUCCUCACCGCUGUGGCGCGACGCAACGGGACUGUUCCUGCGUCGUGGGGGUCGCCGACAGUAACUUCCGUGCCCGGGCAGUGUAGCGCCGCGACGGUGGCCGGGAGUUAUGCGACCCCGACAAUUGGGGCGUGGUAGAUAGGUAGUCACAGUCUUGGCGAGAUGAGAUGAGAUGAGAUGGGUAUAGUACUUGCUACUAUGCCUGUAACAUCCGUCACCUCUCGAAAGAACCACGUGGUUCCCUGCUAGACAAGAUAAAUCGAUAGAUAGUAUCAAUCAAAGGAGUAGUCUACACGACUAGCCAGACAAAC